AUGGAACCCAAACUAACCGAAGUUAUUCUGAAAACAACCGAGACAAUAAAUGGCUAUAAGAUGGUUAAAAUGUAUCAUAAUCGAGCAGAAAUCAAUUCUAAGAUCAGUGUUUAUCUUGAAAUUGAUUUGUACGAUUGCAAAAAUGAUUUCAUAAGAACGGAAAGCUUUAGGGGAAGUUUGGAUUCGACAGUAAAGGAUAUAAAGGCGAUAUUUACAGAAGAUAUUAAUGUUUUCAUUCAUGAUCACGGGGCAAUGUAUAUUCUUGAUGACUCUCAGCGGCCUUUGUUCAAAUGCUUUGAAAUAUGCAAGCAUGCAAUAAAAUCAUCAUUCAAAACAUUUGUAAAAGCUAAAUUAAAGCCCCAACAGAUCACAUUUCUUCCUGGAGGAAUUAUCAACUUUUAUAUGCUAAGGAAGUUGAUUGUAGAACACAUCCCCAUACAUUCAAUUUCUUUAGAGCAUCUUAGAUUUUUAAGAUAUUUAAAGCUUAUAAAUAACAAUUUGAAAUCAAUUUCAAUGCCAAAAAAUAUGCUCGAGUUUUGUGACCUGAGAAGCAAUUGUCUAAAAUGCUGUGCUGUCCAGUCAAAAGUUUUGAUCUUGCAAAACAACGAAAUAGCAAAGUUUGUCUCGAGGUUUUGUUUUAAAUACUUAAACCUUUCCAAUAACCCACUAAAGACAAUCGACUGCAGCUGUGAAUUUUUGAAUAUCAGAAAUACAGAAAUAGCACAUUCUUUGGAGUGUGAUUCAAAAAUAAUACUCGCCGACGGUGUAGAAAAGAUUAAAAUAGGCAAAUGCCCCAGCAUGAGAGUGCUUUAUAUAAGCGAUUGCCAGCUCACACAAAUCGGAAAUGUAAUACAAAAUUUGAGGCUGUUCAAGGCUAGAAAUAACUAUUUCCAGAGUUUGCCAAAGCUAAAGAAGUGCGCGGUUAUUGACGUUUCUGGCAAUUUUUUAGAAAGUAUUAGGGCUUCGAAUGUCGUUUUUUUAAAUAUUUCAAAAAACCAGGUCAGAGAAAUAGAUUUGAAAAGAUUCGCCUCUUUGCAGCAUCUUAAUCUUUCAUUUAAUCCGCUGGAGAAAAUCUUCAAUGAAAAAGCUGUUAAACAGCCAAGGUCCAUAAUACUAAACAGCUCAACAAACUUAACCUCCACGGUUUUAACGUACAAAAGUGUCAAACGGCAUGACUGUGCCAAAAGAAAUUUUUUACUAGCGCAGCACAAGAUGGAAACAGCUAUUGGUGGCGUGCCUAUAACAAUCUUUAUUCUAUCAAAAUCAAUUGCAAAGCUGGCAGCUUGUGAAAUCUUUUCUUCAGCUCUUAGCAGGUCUGCACAUACCAACUCACUGCUUGACAUAUUUUGUGACUUCUCUGAAUACUGCUACAAAAAACUGUGCGCCAUGGAGCCCAGAAUUGAACUGUCAUUCACAUUUAUCACGAGCAGACAUGUGUUUCUGAGAAGCUUUUCCUUGCCUCUUUUUUUCUGUAAUUUUUCUGAAAUGGACGUUCUUGUUGAGCCUGAAAACAUUAGAGUAUUCAAUAAUGUCUCAAACUGGUGUACAUUUCCAAUCUUGUGUAGAUACCAGCCAUUGAUUACAAAGAGAAGCUAUUCAUUUUUCAGACACAAGGCCGACUACAAUGAACUAUUUCAGUUUAAUGAUUUCUUUUGUGCAAAGACGUUGGAGUUCUUCGUUGCAAAUACGCCAGAGUUUUCUUCCACACAAAAAUCAGAUUUUGGUAUUGAAUGCAAACUAGUCAAAGAAAUCCACACAAAAUUUUAUCGCGAAAACUUCAUGAAACGUCUUCAGGAACUGAUGUCUCACCACUCCAAUCCACAGUAUGAGCUUCUUGGAUUUAAGAAUAUAGACUUCAACAUAAAUCACAAUGGAUUAGACUCGGCAGGGCUUUCCACCACCAACCCUGUCUUUCUGUACAUGCAGUUGCAUUUUGAAUCGUUUAUUGAUCAAAUUUUAUGGGUAGAAGAGCUAAAUUUAGUUCAGAUUAUUGAUUUCUACGCCAAGGUGUUCCGUGGAAGGGUGGUUGAAAAGAACUAUAAACUAUUCAUCAUUGGAUUUAAUAACCCACUCCAUUCGGCCCUGUUUGGAUUAAAAAUCCAGAAAAUUUUGAGACCAGUGGGUAUUGAGGUUGGCAUUGGAAUUGCAGAUGAUGUGGUAUUCAGAACUGAGCAGGAUGGCAUCAUGUACUUUGGUGGGCCUGUCUUUAAUAAAACAUCGCGAAUAGCAAACCUGGGCAUUGGCGUGUUCUGCUGCGGAUGUGUCAAGCUUUUUUCGCCCUUAAUUGAAACGAUAGAUGAAGGUGAGAGAUACUUGAAAGGGUUUAAUAAGAGACAUAGAAUAUUUUCUCUCAAAUUAACGAAUGUCUACGACAAUCUACAAUGA